AUGAGUGGGCCUUAUGGCGGUGCUCUAUUUUCAGCCACCGCCUACGAUGCUAAUGACUCCAUGUUCCCCUUAGCCUUUGGAGUGAUGAGCUUGGAAAAUUAUGCAGAUUGGUUAUGGUUCUUGGAAAAACUGAAGAUAGUUGUGGGAAAUAAGGAAGUUAUUAUUAUCUCAGAUAGACAUCCUGCUUUGCUUCGUAGUGUCCCUGAGGUGUUUGGCAUUGAAAAUCAUGCUUAUUGCUACCGUCACCUGAAGGAGAAUUUUAGUAGUUUCUUGUCCAAGCAUAACACACGAGGGAACAAGGGUAAAGAAAAUGCAUUGCAAUUCCUAGAUAGCAUUGCGUAUGGAAGGUUAGAACAUGAUUAUAACGUUUCCAUGUUUGAACUUAAAAAUUACAACGAGGCUUUAGCCACAUGGGUUGAAGAAAAUGCGCCGCACCAUUGGGCCAUGUCAAAAUUCCCAAAACAAAGAUGGGAUAAAAUGACUACGAACCUUGCCGAGUCAUUUAAUGCUUGGUUACGGAUUGAAAGACAUCACUCUAUUUGUAACUUUUUAUUGGAGCACAUGUCCAAGUUAGCUUCUAUGCUUGUGAAGCAUGAAGAAGAGUCCAAGAAUUGGAAAGGGUGUAUAGGGCCAAAAAUUGAAGCUAAGGUGCAGGAAAAUAUUGCAAAGGGUACGGUGUAUCCAGUCACGCCGUUCAAGAAUGGAGUAUUUAGGGUAUGUAUCGGGAGAGCCUUGUUGAAUGUAGACAUUCUGAACCGUACAUGCACUUGUAGAGGUUGGCAAAUGUUGGGAAUCCCUUGUGAGCAUGCCACAGCCGUCAUUAUUUCCAUUGGUCAAAAUGUUACUGAUUUCGUCGAUGAUUGCUACAAAUACCCAAUGCAAGAGUUGAUAUAUGGGGGCUCUUUCUCCGGCAUAGAGACCCAUGACAUGCCUACUGUGGACGAUGAUGGUUUGGUUCGAUCUAUCACCGGGGAGGUGUUCUUCUCUCUAAAGCCUCCACAUACAAAGCGCGCUCUCGGAAGGCCAAGGAAGAAGCGCAUUGAGUUUCAAUAUCAAGAUAAACGGACUGUUUAUUGCUCUCGUUGUCAUAUGUCCGGCCACAACAGAAAAACCUGCAAAAAUCCUUUGCCCUAA